AGAUUUUAUAUUGUUAGAAUACAAUAUUUACUCUAAUUUUGUGAAAAUAUAUGUAAUCAGACAAGGCUCUCUUCUCUUGCUGCUGCUGUCCACGCCACCGCUGCUGCUGUCCGCGCCACCGCUGCUGCGAUUCACUCCGCUGCUGCCGUUCAAGCCACCGCCGCUGCAGUCCACGCCGUUGCUGCUGCUGUCGCCGUUGCUGCCGUCGUUGUCAGCCGCUGCUCCGUCUCAGGUCGGAACAUGUCAAAUACGGAUAAUACUCUUGAAUAUGUAGAUAAUUGUACACAUCUUCAAGCUUCCGGAAAUAAUGAAAAUGCUCCAAUUACACCUAGUAUCCAAUUGCACUUUAAAUUUGGAGUUGAAAGAUGUACAAAUUGUAAUAAAUAUUGCAUUUUAUUUAGUUUUUAUUAUUUACAACAUUGUUUUAAAUCUUAUUGAAUUUAUGCUUGGUUUAUAUUAAUAAAUCGAACAUUUGAUGUUGAAUACUUAGACUUAAUUAGUUUAUAUUUUGUAAUUUUUGUUUAUUUUAUUAAUUUAAAUUUUUGUAAACGGGUUCGGUAAACAGGUACCCAUUUGAUUACCUGAAUAUUCAUAUAAACAGGUUUUAGUGGGUAAGAUACUUGCUACCCAUUUAAAUACCCAUAAAAUUUAUUUAAUAGUCAUUUAAUUCAACGGGUUUUAAUCGAGUUCAGGUAGUUUGCGGGUAAUCCUAUUAGGAUUUGAGACGGGUUCGGGUAACAAAGGUAACUUUUAAACGAAUUUGGGACGGGUUCGGGUAACGAAGGUAACUUUUAAACGAAUUUGGGACGGGUUCAGACAAGGCUCUCUUCAUUUCAAACACGUCUACACCUCUCUCGCCCACAGCGAAAAGGAAAAAGAAAAAGGAAAUUCUCCAUAUUUGAUCCUUCAUUCUCUUGCAAGAAGCUCGCCAUGUCGAUGUGCGAUUUGUAAAAGGAGGUAUUCAUCAAAUAAAAUCUUGAAACCAAACACUCGAUAGAAGGAAAAAGAACUGCUGUGUGAAGGGAUCAGUUUCUAUGUUGAUUUAUUUCAUUUUCUCCAAGAGAAGAGAGCUCUUUCUUGAGGGUUAUAUAAGACUUCUAUGAACAUGAAGUUCAAUAGGAAUACCAGAUGUUCUGUGUAUGUGUAUGUAUAAGAGAGGAGAGAGAGAGGUCUAAAGUGGACAUUACACUUUUCGCUCAAUGGAAUGCGGAAGGUGGGAAUUCUGUUAGUGUUGUUUGUUGGCUUUGGCUUUGGCUUUUGUAGUAAUGCUUCAUCUUCAAAUGAGGUAGCUAGAUGUAAUUCAGAUUCUAUUUCCAACAACUUGAACAUCGGCAGUUCUAGCUUCAAGAAAUACAUUGUGGAACAUUAUUUUGAAAAAUAUGAGAACUUUGUGGAAUCACAUUUUCAAGAUUUCAUGGCAGAUAAAGUUCUACACCACUCAUGCAAAUUGCUGCCAGAUAAUCCAAAUGAUCUUUAUAGACUUUCAGUUACUAAUCGCCUGUUGAUUGGUGAAGGUUCUCAUCGUCAUCUGUAUUCAAGUAUCAAAUUUCAUUUCCAGUCAGAAUCUAUAUCUCAGCUACCUAAUUUCACCAAUUGUAAGUUUAUAAUUUUGGAGAGACUUCCCUCUGGAGUCUUUGCUGACCCAUUUGAGCUCCAACACCUUCUCCAGCGUGGUGCUUUUGCUGAUCUGGCUGUUUUUGGAGAUACAAAUUUGGAAUUGCCUUCUGUUGCCUCCAAUCGGUCUAUUGUUGAGAUUCACAUGAAUUUCAGUACCAGAAUCUUCUUUGGACAGACAAAUGAACUAGAGAUUAGCAUAGAUCUCCCUUUGCAUGCACGGUAUCCACCCUCAGGUGAAAGUGGUUAUUUCGAGAUAGAAUUCGGUGCACCUGAUCUAUUGAUGAACUGCAAGAUGGAAGGAAAUUUAAGCAACCAGAGCUGCUUAUUCACCCCAAACAUUGUCUGUAUAGAAUCUAAUACUGGUACUAUUUUGUGGAGAGUACCUUCUGGUACAAGGACACAUGCUGGUAUUGUGUCAGUUGUUACUUUUUUCACUGCGGUUGUAUCAACUCUUGUAAUUGUUGUGGCAUCCUUCCUUUCUUCAGAUAUUAACUCUGUAAAAACAUUCAAAUUAUCAUGAUUCUGAUGCUAUCUUUCCGGUCUUAUUUUGGAGGAAAAGAUAUUGAGCAAAAA